AUGACGGAGGCGGAGAUUGAGGGGCAGUACUGCGGCCGCAAGCCGGAGUUUGUGCAGUGGCUGCGGGCGAGUGUGCAGUCAUCCGGUGGCCAAACUCAUGGGAGUGGGGAAACAACGCCUGGCGGUGCCGGGAGGGACAGUACCGUUGAAAAUGGUUCGCAGGAAGAGAAGCGGGAUCAGCGGUGUCAGGAGUCGAAUGGAGGAAGACAAAAUCCACAAGAAUCAGAUUUACCGCAAGAACAGUCGAGGGUUUCAGUAGAACCCGCACGGCACGCUGACAGGAGUGAAGGUGGUGGCGGUGGAAUUGCGGUGGAAACCGUUGGCAGAAGGGAAGAUGAAAGAAGUGAAGAGGACAAAACGAGUGCCCCCACUGAAGGGGAUGUCAAAGACAAG